CACUUUUUGUUUAUGUUUUGUUAGGAUAAUAUUUUGGAUAAAACCUAAAACCUCGAAAUGAACUCAGUAAUUCUAAAAUCCUGCAGGCUUUGUCAGAAUAGUUUAGGCGAAGUCUUCAUCGAUGAAAAUCUUGGACGUACAAUAUUGAACAUAACAAAGAUACAGGUUAACAAUGAAUUAUAUUCAAGUAUGCCACAAAGUAUUUGCCUGCUUUGUCUCAAUAUACUUAAAGAUACUCAGAUCUUCAUAGAUAUGGUUCAAAAAGAGAACGAAAAUUUGAAAAAAAUUAUUACAGUAAAACAUAACGCAGAAGCUCUUGCGAAAGUAUAUCCUAAUAUAGAAAGUGAUUCUAGUAACAUUGAGAAACAAUUGAAAGAUAGCGAAAGAGAAGUUCAAACCUCCACUGUACAUCCCAGGAGGAAAUGUACACUAAGGUGUUAUCCUAAACAUAAAAAGGGCGACCAAAAACUAUUCUGUCAAACAUGUGAUGUACUAUUUGAAGAUACAUUAAUAAAACAAACGCAUCAAUGUAAAAAAAAUUAUCAACAAUUUGUUGAAAGCAAAAAUAGUACCAAAAGAGACUCAAAGAAAGAAACUGAUAUUCCUGGAAAUAAAUUCACCAAACAUGAUGGCUGUGACCAAAACUUUGGAUUAGAAAAUAAGGAUAACUCAAGCAAAUGCAAUUCUCCUGAUGAUGAAAUGGUUCUAGAUGAAAACUACUUGAAUGAUUUCAUCCCAACACAUCUUCUUGAGACAGAAAAAUUGGAUUGCAAGAAAGGAAAUAUUAAAAGGAAAAGGCCUUUUUUGUGUGUAACUUGUGGAAAAGAUUUCUCAACAAAAAAUUCGUUAACUUGCCAUGAAAAAAUCCAUUCUGCUGUUAAGGGAUACAAAUGUGAUCCGUGUCAAGUAGAAUUUUCUGUCAGGAGUAAUUUACGUGCUCAUAUUAGAAAGUAUCAUGAAGGAGUUCGAUUUUACUGCUCUCAGUGUACUAAAGAGUUCUUAACCAAAUGCAGUCUGGAUAGACAUGAGAAAAUACACACCGGAAUAAAAGAAUUCAAAUGUGAACAUUGUUCUUCUGCUUUUUACACCAAUAAGGAAUUGGUUAAGCACCAAAGGUAUCAUCAGGGCCUGAAACAACAUAAAUGUGAAGAAUGUUUCAAGACUUUUUUUGAACGGCAUCAUUUGAUUAUACAUCUUAGAAGUCACAGCGGCGAAAGACCCUAUGUUUGUAAUAUUACAGGCUGCGGAAAAUCUUUUGUGGAAAGCCAAAAGUUGAAACGGCACCACAAGGCUAAGCAUACUAUAAAAUAAUGAUACCUUCCAAUUAUUAAAGUAAUUGAAUUAUGUAAAAAGUAUUGUACUGACAUCCUGUUUUUCAAAAAGCAACUUUAGUUGAAAUUUCAA